CCUUCAUCUUCUGAAGCUGCCCCUUCUGACAUGCCUACACCAACUGCUGCUGCUCCUUCAUCUUCUGAAGCUGCUCCAUCCGACAUGCCUACAUCGACUGCUGCUGCUCCUUCAUCUUCUGAAGCUGCUCCUUCCGAAGCCGUAACUGACGUUGCUCCAUCUGACAUGCCUACGUCGACUGCUGCCGCUUCUGCUGCUCCUACCGCAUCUACCGAAAAUAAUGCUGAAGCUGAUGUUACGGACAUUGUUCUUGACGGUUCCUCCAACACUGCUGCUGCUUCUUCUGAAGCUCCUACUGCUGUCCCCACUGCUUCUGUUGAUACUACCUCCUCUGCUACUUCUACAGAAGCUGCUGCUACAGCUGAAACCAAGUCUACCCCUGCUAACACUCCUACAGCUACCAAAGAAGCUAGUAACAAGGAUGAGAAUAAAGACCAAGAUAAGGACGAAAAAGAAAACGAUAAAGAAGAUAAGGAUGCCGCAGAAAACGAAAACGCAGACAAGGAAGUAGCGGAAUCCAGCAAAGACAAAGAUAAUGAAUCUGAGAGUUCUAAGGAUGAAAGCAAGAAAAAUGAAGAUAAAGAGAACAAGAAGAAGGAUGAAGACGAUGAAGAUAACGAAGAUGACAAAAAGAAAACUGAUGAUGAAGAGAAGGAGGAGAAGAAAGAAGAAAAAAUGAACAAAAAUAAGGCUAAGGACGAUGAAGAAGAGGACAACGAAGAUAAUGAUAAGGAAGACAAGAAUAAGGAUAAAGAAGAAGAAGACGAAGCAGAAGAAAAGGAGGAAGAAGAGAAGAAGGCUAAAAAGGAAAAGAAGAAAGCUAAGAAGGCUGCUAAAAAGGCUGCUAAAAAGGCCAAGAAGAACAAGGACAAGGAUAACAACGAUGAUGAAGAAUAAAUAGCUGAAUUUAUCCCUUAUUCCUCUCUACCUAUUUUACUUUAACAUACACAUGUUUAAUUUUAUAUUAAUAAAAAACC